UUUGUUUGCUGCUCACCUGAGUGUCUCCUGCAAAGUUCCAGACGCAAAAAGCGAAAAAGGGGAUCCAGAGCUGGCGUGCAGGUGCGUUUAAGACUGUACCGUAGACUCGCUGGGAAGUGGGGAGUUUCUCGCUGUCUUCGGCGUCUACCUGCGUCAUCCAGCUGGGAGUCUGACACGUCACCUGAAGCCUGGCCAGCACAGACCACCACCUGCCCGUUAACCACCAUAAAUCAGCUAACUUGCAACGAUGGAUGUCGUCAUAUUAUUCACCCGAGAUCUACUCGUCAAAAUCAUCCAUCUGAUGUGCGCUGUUUAACCUACGUGCCGCUAUCAGCUGAUGUGAGAGCUGCGGAGCUGUCAUUGCUGCGCAUGGGCCUCCUCAACGCGCGCUCCAUCAACAACAAGUCUUUUGCSUURAAUGAACUUGUUAUGAAGGAGUCCCUGGACYUUYUGUUUUUAACUGAAACAUGGCAGCAAAAACUGGAGUAUAUUCAUCUGCGGGAACUCUGUCCAGGUAACUUUUCUGUCCUCGCAACACCUCGGGAAGCGUACAGAGGCGGUGGAUUAGCGGCCGUGUUUAAAGAUGGUUACUCCUGCAGACUUGUUAAUUCAGCCACAUUCUCUGCAUUUGAACUUCAAAUAAUCAAAGUUGGCUCUUUGAAUACUUUUUACUGUAUUUUAAUUUACUGUCCUCCAGGUGCAGCCAGUGUGUUUUUAUCUGAAUUUACUGAGCUUCUGUCUUCCAUCAUUAAGCUGGAGAAUGUUUUAAUAUUGGGUGAUUUUAAUCUACAUAUUGAUGAUGUUUCCUGUAAGGCAGCUGCUGACUUGAUCUCCAUCACGGACUCAUUUCAUUUUACUCAGCAUGUGUGUGUGCCUACUCAUAAAAAAGGCCAUACAUUGGACCUUGUUUUCUCCUUAGGCCUUAAUUAAGAGGAUGUUUGU